UUCAACGCUACUGGGUUGUCUCCCUAUGACAAACUAAUUAAGAAGUUGAAGAUUGAAAUUUGUGAUGCCGGACCUUCUUCAAUAUGUGAUCAGUGCCUUACGGAGUUAAACAGUUGUGUAAAGUUUGUAGAGAAAUGUGAAGAAUCUAAUAGAGCUCUUUUGUCAAGAUAUUAUGAUUGUUCAAACAUUGUAAAUGAUUGUGUUGAGGUUGAAAAUGGAUUUUCUGAAGUGAAUACCACAGAAAAAUGCUCGGCAAUAGCAGAAAGGGCCGAUACAAACAUAGAUAUUAAUCUACAAGAACAGAAGCCUUCUCGCAAGACGUGCAAAGAAUGUGGAUCUCGUAGAAGCUGUGAUCACCAGCCACCUGCUAUUUAUAGCUGUCAAAUUUGCCAGAAAGUAUUUACAAGAAAGUUCAACUACACAAUUCAUAUCAAGCGACAUAUAGGUAUGCGCGAGUGGUCAUGCGCCACAUGCGGCGCAGCGCAGAUAUCCCGCUGGCACGCGCGUGCGCACUGCCGCCCGCGGCCGCGGCUGGCGUGUCCCGCGCCCGGCUGUGACCGCUCCUACACCUCCGCUCAAAACCUCGCCACACACAUACGGACUCAUACAGGUGAACGACCCCACGUAUGCACUGUGUGUGGGAAGGGCUUCACAUCGAAGACAACUCUAAAUGACCAUGUGAGGACGCACACGGGGGCGAAGCCCUACAUGUGCUCUAUAUGCGGGGCCAGGUUCGCCACCAACAAGCUCGCGGCCCAUCUCCGCACGCAUUCGGACAAACCUCGACCCGGACCUCCACAUAGUACAAGGCCGCGACGUACGAUCAUGCAUGCGUGCACGCACUGCGCCGCACAGUAUGCUCACAAACAGUCACUCAACAGACAUCUGAGGAAACAACACUCUAAUACUACACAGAUACCGGAUCUUUCUAACUCCAUAAAUAUAGAAAAUCACAUAGAAUGUUAAUUACCGUAACGUAUUUAUUAAAUUAAAUUUAGAUAAGUAAAACUAUGGCAUCCAAAGAUAAGAAAUCUGGAGGAAAUUGCUGUUUAGCAAUAAAGCCAGCGAGCCGCGCCCGUUUGAGGUUUUGUCGAUUUGUGAUUGUCUUCAUAUAUUUUGUGUACCUACUAGACAGAGUUUUAAAUUGAUUGACAUUAAAUUAUUUAAAAAAAUGAAAAUAUUAAUUAA